AUGAAGCAGAGAGAAAUGAGGAGAAUCAGUGAGUAUUGGGUUGGCGAAACAGAAAAGAACCGAGAGUUGGCGAAACAAAGAGGAAACCGUGAAGAAUUGGCGAAACAGAGAGGGACCGUGAAGGAUUCCGGCAGAGGCGGUAUAGAUUCCGGCGGAGGCGACGAGAUUCCGGCAGAGGCGACGAGAUCGUUGGUCAAAGAUGAGAAUUUUUGGCCCUUGACUCCGCCCGAGGCAGUUGGUGGAAACGAAGCGGUCGUGGGGCCUGAGGCAACUGACGAGCCGGAGAAACAAGGAGUCGAUCUGACCGCUGCCAAGGCUAUUCCAGAAGUGCCCGAGGGGACUCACGAUCAAGCCCCCGAGGUAGAGAGUACCUCAAUCGUCGUUGGCUUACUUGCCGGCGGGCAGACCAAAUCGACAGGGAAACGUCCCCGAGGCGACCAUUCCGGGGACAAGAGGAAGAAAACGAAGAAGGACCGCGGUACAUCUCGUCCAAUCUACAAAGAUGCGGUAGCUUCUGCCAACCUCAUUGCCUCGUGUGCGUGGCCAUUGCUUCCCGCUCCCGAGGGUCUGGUCGAGGCGGAAAAGUAUGGUGAAACCGCGGCCAGUUUCUUGAAGGCCUUCUCUUCAAUGAACAAGAUGGUUCACUCUUACGAUUCUGCAACUCGUGAUUACGAGGCGGCUAGAGAGAAGCUGAAGCUAGCCCGGGUUGAGGCCGAGACGAAGGUAGCUGAGGCGGCUCUGGCGAUGCAGAACGCUGAGGCGUUGGUCGCAGCUGAGCAAGACGCGAGGCGCAAAUUGGCCGAGGAGCAUCUUCAUGCCCAGCAGGAGGCCGAGGCGGUGAUUGAGAGCCUUAACCGCUCGCUGACUGAAGAGAAAUCCUUACGCGAGAUUGAAGUGGUCCGAGCCAAGAAAACCGCCAAGAGAGAGCUCAUAGAGGAAUUUGCUGCAAAGGUCAAAGCGACCGAGGCGAAGCUGGGUCUAUUUGACAAAGUUUCUGAGCGAUAUGUCUACCUUUGUCAAGCUAAGGCCAACGCUGAACUGAUCGCGGCACUUGAAUGCGGUGGGAAAAUCGAGGAGGAGAAAGAAGAGGUGCUGAAAUGGAAAGAAGAGUACGGAGAUGCCGAGGCUGAGUACGCCAAACUCGGGGCAGAGCUUCUUGGAGAUUUGAAGGUUGCUCCAGUGUCUCCCGACUCUGAUCAGAAUGUCCUCGGAGGUAGGCCGGUAGAGGACGAAGUGGUCGAGACCGAAGUUGUCGAUCUGGUCGGGCCAAGUUUGAACUCCGAGGCCGUGCAGAUUCCAGAGAAGGAAGGUUGA